AUGCAUAUCCAAGGAAUCAGAAAUAUCCUUCAGGGAAAGUAUUUCAAGAAAGGGCGUCGUCCAGAGAUGAUCACAGACCUAGACUAUCAGCCAUUAGUGUCACCAAGACAAUCGUUCUCCACAAUUGAUCUUGACACAGAGACAAUCAACUCUUCUACUACCGUUUCAACAUCAAGCAAUUACACAUUCAGACUGAAGAGUAAAAGUAAUUCAUUGCCAUGUACAUGUCUGUCGUCAUCUAAAAACGACCCAGAUGCCAAAUACCCCGUCUUUUCGGUUCCCUUGGACGAUGCAGUCAAGUUGAACUCGGAGUUCCCAGCAGUGUCUUUCGAUGCUAGCCUGUGCUUGGCAGAGCUUCAACCCCAUGUCCCGGCAAUUGUCCUCAAACUAAUCGAGCACAUCACUAACCAUGGUCUUAAUGAAGAAGGAAUUUACAGAAUUAGCGGGAGCACAGCAGCUAUGCGACGACUUAAGGCCAAAAUCACCAAGGAAGGCCCCACUUUCGACAUAGAUCCAAAUGAGUUCGACAUCUACACUGUCACAUCAACACUCAAGUUGUUUCUGCGGGAACUACCAGCCGACAUUUUCAAUGUCUGGGGACCUCACCAGGAGCUGCGGUACGUUCCCGAGGGUUACGACUGGUCAACUACGAAUCUCCCUCUGCCCGGAGAGUUCACCCCUCAUACCUCUUUAUCCCGUAAUACCACCAUGUCUUCAGUUUCAACCAGUAUCAUCUCAGCUCCUGCCACACCCGACCUUGGUGAUGUGCCCGAGCUGUGCUCGUCUUCAGUAGACUCACAGCCAGCUACACCCGAAUCUCUCAGAAAAGUGUCAUUACCAAUACACCUACCAUCGCAGCUACCGUCACAACUACAGACACAGCUACCAUCUCAGUUGCCAGAAACAACCGAGACAAGCGAUGUAGACUUGCUUUCAUUUGUCAGGAACGAGCUGAUGCAGCUUCGAGUGUCGCAUUUUGCGCUUCUCCACGCUCUUAUUAGACAUUUGGCCAAAGUCGCUGCCAACAGCGAUACCAACCGGAUGUCCACUCCAAAUCUUGUAGUGAUUUUUUCUGCCACUCUGCGAAUGCAUAAACGAUUGCUCACCGAGCUCAUUACCAGAGGCGAUCUGACCUACGCCGACAUCCCCGCACCAGCCAUCCCAUCUCCAGAUGACGAAGCCCUCGCACCACCCCCUCUAGCGGUACCAAUAGUGCCCAGAGAGACGCGAAUUAUCCGUGUUGAGAAAAUCACCGACGAGUUCACCUUCGCGCAACGUAGAAACAAACGGAGAUCGGUCAUCCGUUCGCGCGCGACCUCGUUCGACUUCUUCGAUCCCAGUUUCCUUCGACCCAGGGUGCAGACAUGA